AAACUUAACUAUCGAUCUGCACAUAUUAUAUAUGUUAAGUUUGUUAAACGUUAAACGUUGCUUUUACGAAAGACGUUUUAUGUGUAUAACGCUGCGACAUUGUACUUUUAUUUUGUUCUCUAACUUAUUUGUGAUGUUUCUGUCAUCUUGACUAUAGACUCAGUUUUUGGCCAGUGAGAAAUAAUUAAAUAAGCAAACAUGAAUAAUGGCCUUUCGGAAAAGCACGGCGAAGUUCCGGCGUCGUUUAAUUCACUAUCAAUGUCUCACAACACCGAAAGUGAGGAGGAGAGCAUAUUGCGAAAGAAGGUACAAAUUAAAACCCAAGCUCUAUUAAUGCUGAGCCAAGAAUUAGAUCAGUGUAGAAUGCAAAGGGACCGAUAUAAGCUAAUGUCGGAGCAGCUGCAAGAGGAUUUGGCCAGAUGGAAGCAACUCGACCAGACUGAUUUAGAUAAAAAAACAAUUAAUGGUUACAAGAGUGCAACGGAUCCAGACUGCUUUUCAAAGAACAGUGACAGGCUAACAACUCUAGAGGAAGGUACAAAAUUAAUGGAUCUCCUGAUAGAGACGCAAGAACAAAACAAGUGCCUUCGAUUACAAGUUGACACAAUGAGACAAAAGCUUAAAGAAGCACAAGAAGAUAUUAAGGCGUUGCGUUCCAAGAAAAUUCAGAAUCUCAAACUAAAUGAUACAACUGUUGCACUGCAUCAGAGAGAAGAGAUGAUUGAACAACUUGAAAAAUUAAAUGUCAAAUGUCGACAGCUAAAGUUGGACUUGAAAAGUGUUUUAGAUGAAAAACAAGAAAUCGAGAUGGAAAGAGAUGCAUUCAAGUGCAAAGCUCAUCGAUUGAAUCAUGAACUGUCUCAAGCACUUAGUGCAUCUAAACCUGUUGACAUAGAUGCAUUGGUCAAUGAAAAUCGAUAUUUACAGGAAAGACUUCAGCAGUUACUAGAAGAAAAAGACUUGACUCAACAAUCUGUCCAAAAAUAUAAAAGCAUGCUGGACAGCAAGAGACAGAAGGGAACGAUAAAAUUAGGUGUAAAGUCGUCAGUUGGUUCUGUAAUGACUUUUAAACAAGUGGAGCAAUUACUGCAGCAGGAUCCAAAAAAUAUUCCACCACAAAAAGCUGCUGAUGCGUUAUUUGAAUUGCAUAGUAUUUGCACUGGCCUCUUGGAAGCAUUAAACGAUAAAAAUUUGGCGCUAAUACACCAAAAAAAGACAAACAAGAUUUUAGCUGCAAGAAUGUGCGAAUUAGACAAAAACAUUCAAUCACCAACUCUUAAAUUAUUAGAAGGAUAUUCAAAUGCAGAUGUCGAUGUGAAAUUCGAUGCAACCAGUAUGACAUCAGAUUUGUCAGAAGAAAGAUCCGAAAGCAAAGAAUCUGAUUUACAAAAUGAUGUGAGUUUUACCGAAAGUAACACAAAAAGUAAAGAAUCCGAAGAAAACAUUGCUGAACAAGGUGUCGAAAGUAGAGAGUAUGAUAAAUGUUGUGGCGAGAAAAAGAUUGACACUGAAAAUCCAGACGAAAGUCUUAGUGAAGAGGAUGAAGAAGAUCGUUUGAAAUCUAUAAAAUAUCCAGAUGGAAGUAUGUCUUUGUCAAAUUUACCAUUUGACGAAAUUAAUUUUAAAGAAUCUUUUAAAACCCGUCUUCCUGAAAAGUUGAUACCUAUUGUACAAAAAUAUCUCGACGAGUUGGAAGCGAAAGACCAAAAAGAUUCAUGAAAAGGGAAAGUAUUUGUAUUUUUAUUCCUCAAGGGCCAUUGAAAUCUAGUCGAUUUGAUACAAACCAGUAUCAAAUAACUUACCAUUCCAAAGACUUUUUAUACAUGACUAGG